AGUGAAAAUACUCGACUUGGACUCUGGAGCAUUUGAAAAGAGUGAACACGGGAUUUUCAAAAGAGAUGAUUUCACAAUCAUGAGCGAAGAUAUGCCACGUGUCAUUCUAUUCAUCUUUGGAUCCUUUCUGUUGGGAGCGCAAAAAUUGACAAUUUCAGCGGGUUUUAACGGGCCCGCUACUCUGGAAACAAUGCUGUGAUCAGAACUGCACUGAAAAGAAUAAAGCUUCCAUACACAGUACUUGUCUGUAUGGCUGGUAUUGGUUUUGGAGCAUUAAGUAUCAAAUAUCCAUUGGUUAAUGUCAGCAAGAGGAGGAGAUAGUGAUUGACUUCAAAAGCAAAGCAGUACACAUACUCCAGUUUGCAUUGAUGGCGCCGAAGUAGAGAUGGUUGAAAAUUUAAAAGUCCUAGGAGUUAAUAUCACCAACUUCUCGUGGACCACCCAAUAUUGAAGCCACGACCAAGAAAGCACACCAACGCCUCUACUUCCUUCGAAAAUUUUGGCAUGUCUCCAACAACUCUCACCAGCCUCCACAGAUGUGCCAUAGAAAGCAUCACAGCUUGUUUUGGCAGCUCCAUCCAAGGCAGCAUGAAAUUGCCGUGAAUUGUGGAUGCAGGCCAGACCAUCACACAAACCAACCUCCCUUUCAGAAGGGUCUUGAACUGAAACGUUACCCAUUCCUUCUCUCAGAGAUGUUGACUGUCCCGCUGAGUUACUCCAGUAUUUUGUGCCCAUCUCCCUUUCAUUGACUCCAUUUAUACUUCACACUGCCUCAGCGAGGCCAGUAGCAUAAUCAAGGAUGAGCUGCGCCCUGGCCACUCCCUCUAUAAAAGGUGUAGAAAUGUUAAAACACAUACCUCCAGAAUCAGGGAUAGUUUCUGCUCAGCUAUUAUCAGGCAACUGAACCAUCCUACCACAACUGGCGAGCAGUCCUGAACUAUCUAUCUCAUUGGUGACCCUUGGACUAUCUUUGAUCGGACUAUACUGGCUUUAUCUUGCACUAAACGUUAUUCCCUUAUCAUGUAUGUGUACACAGUGAAUGACUCGAUUGUAAUCAUGUAUGGUCUUUUCUCUAACUGGUUAGCAUGCAGCACAAGCUUUUCAUUGUACCUUGGUACACGUGAUAAUAAACUAAACUGAACAGGUUAUAAUUGAAUUAUGAAAGUCAUUUGAGGCUUUCAAAAUAUUGUAUCAUGUGUAAAUAAACAUGAAUGCUGGUUUAGUGUAGUUGGCCAGAAAGAAAGAGACGCAUGAUUUGGGAAUUAAGCAACAUUAUUUAGUUAACAGAGUUAAAAGAAAAGAAUAAAUUUAAACUGGAUUAAAAUCAAAAAAUGAUGGCAAAUUUCUAGAAUGUUUGAAUGAAUUGCAAAUGUAGAAAGAAGUACAGGACAUUGGGGAAAUGCUAUAAAGAAACUUAUGGGUGAUUUGAGAGGAUAAACUAGAUAAGCAAAUGGUCUUCUGAUACCUAAAACAUAUUUUUUGUAUUACAUAAAUAUAUUGGGUAGUGUAUUCAAGCAGGUCAAUUUAAAAUGUUUCUGUGGACUUGUAUAUUACUGUAGGUGCAUAAUUUAUCUAUCUGAAUUUUUUGUAGGUUAAUCUGUACACUGAAACUCUGGCAAACAUUAACCCAAGACUGCUUAUUCAUGCAUUUAUGCCAGUUCUGAUAUUCAGCAGUGCAUUUGAAAUUGAAUCUCACAUAUUCUUGAAGUCACUUUCACAGGUGGUGCUUUUGGCUGGUCCCGGUUUGGUCCUGAGUGGUGCAAUGAUUGCUCUUUUGGCUGUUAAGGUUUACACAUUCAACUGGGAUUGGUACGUUGGCAUGAUGUUUGGGUCAAUUCUUGCCUGCACUGACCCCAUUACAGCCGUCGGUCUGCUUAGGAGUCUAGGUGCAAACAAAGCUCUUACUCUAUUAAUCGAAGGGGAAUCAUUGCUGAAUGAUGGCACUUCCAUUGUCAUGUUUGAAGUCUUUCGGGAUCUUUCUCUUGAACCAAUUGAUGUUGAUGCUACUGAACUUGCUGUAAGACUGCUGCUGAAGGUGCUUGUCAGCCCAAUAUUUGGAUAUGCUAUGUCCAAAAUCACCAUGUUUGGCCUGACCUAUAUUUUUAAUGAUGGUUUAACGGAGAUAACAAUAAGUUUGGCGCUUACUUAUGUAACAUUCUAUACCAGUGAAUGGGUUGGUAUGUCAGGUGUGAUAUCUGUUACUUUUAUGGGACUGUUUAUGGAUACAGUGAGUUUUAGCCCAGAGAUUGAGGUAUUCCUAAUGCGAUUUUGGGAAUUGUUAACAUACUUGGGCAAUACUCUCAUCUUCAUGAUCGUAGGAGUUGUCAUCUCACAAAGAGCAUUGGGACAUGUAUCUAUUACUGAUGCGUUUUUCAUCAUGGUACUUUACUUUGGACUAAAUACAGUACGGCUUGUAAUUAUUGUGAGUUUGUCACCAUUGCUAGCACGCUUAGGCUAUGGUUUCAAUUGGCGUUGGGCAUCUGUUUGCAUUUGGAGUGGUACAAAAGGUGCUUUCACACUAAGUUUAGCUCUUAUGGCGUAUCAAUUGGAAGGACUUGAUGAAGUGAAUGUCAGGAACAAGAUACUUCUGCAUGUAUCAGGAACUGUAAUAUUGACACUGCUAAUCAAUGGUACCACAAUGGGAUGGAUCAUCGAUACCUUGGGUCUUAGUGAUAUUCCAGCUCCUAAGCGCAUGGCUAUGUAUAGCGCAAUUCAACGUAUUAGAGAAAGUGAGGCCAACACAUUUUCUCUACUAAAAAUGGAUAGAUUCCUUGCAGAUGCAAACUGGGUAAUGGCAGAAAAAUUAGUGCAGAUUGAUGACCCAUACAAGAGAAAUAUGAGAAAUCUUACUGUUGAUUCAAUUCAGCCAAGCACAAGAAGUGCUCGUUGCCCUGACUGUGAGAAGGCUAUUGCCUGGGAACCUUCUGUCCGUGAGAUAGAUGACAUGAUGGAAGAAGCCAGGAUACGUCUUUUAAAGGCUCAAAAGACCAGUUACUGGCGUCAAUAUAGUGCUGGUAUGCUUAAUCGUCAAGCCGCACGUGCGCUGAUUAGUAUCACUGAGAACACAAUUGAUUCUGGAAGAAACAGAAUUUCAAAAUUUUGCUAUCGUAUGGUAUUCAACAAUGCAUUUGAAUGUUUUAUGUACAUGAUAAUACUACUUAAUAUCUUCCCAAUCAUCCUGGAAUACAUUCCCGAGAUGAAUGUUCAACAUGCGUUGGAACUGAGAUUGACUAAUUAUGUUUUCUUCAUAGUAUAUGUAACAGAAGCAGUUAUGAAGGUUAUUGCUGUGCGUAAAGCCUAUAUCUUUGAUCACUGGAACCAGUUUGACCUAUUCAUCAUCACAUUAGCAGCAGCUGAUCUCGUAAUUGAUCACCUCUUUGAACGUAGUGAGCACAAGGUCCGUGCAGUUCGUGUUUUCAGAUUGAUACGUCUAGCCAGAGUUCUGCGACUAUUAAAGAUUAUGCUACCAACCUUCAUACAUCUUCUCAACAAACAAAUUAACAAACAACUAUGCUUUGGAUAUGAUAUUGGAAAAGGAUAUGUCGUAGGCGAAGAGGAUGUUAAUAAUCUUAUUGAUCACAUUUCAGACCAAAGAGUGAUAUCUGAGCAACUGAGAAGUAUUGUGGAGAGAAAUCAUCAAGAUGCAAUAAAAGAAUUGGGUCUUCUACAACGUGACCACCCAGAAAUAGCAAUAUCAGUAAAGACCAGACAGGCGGCCCGAACUGUGCUAAACAGCGCCAGGGACACCAUCCAUGCUUUAAUGUCUGGAGGUCUUCUUGAUGAUGCAGAAGCAUCAAAACUAGAAGAGAUGAUUGAAAUAAAGAUGAAGCGUCUUGUGAAAUUCCCUCCUUCUAUACAACCUCCAACUGCUGAAGAACUGCUAAAAAAUUUGCCAUGGCUGCAGAAUGCAGAUAAGCAGAUUGAGUUCAUUAAGUACAGAGCAAAGCUGCUUUAUUUCGAUUAUGGUGAUAUUGUUGUGCACCAAGGUGAACAGCCACGAGGGAUUCAUCUGAUUGUAUCAGGAAUGGUUAGGCUUCACGGUGUCAAACCCGCACUUGGAACCAGCAGUAAAGGGUUGGAAAUAGAUGAUGAAGAAGAUGAUGAUAUACCGACAGACAAAGACGGACCCACCUUCACAGAUUACAGAAGCAGUGGGGCCAUUAUUGGAGAGCUGAACUGUCUAACCCAGCAAAGGAUGGAAGUAACUGUUACUUGUGAAACUGUAGCACAGACUUGUUACAUCUCCAUUGAUGACCUCUUUGAAGCUUUUGAUGUCUUCUCUGAAUAUCCCUCUCUUGAAUAUAAAAUUUGGUUGGCAUUGGGUAUCCGUACUGCUGUUACUAUCAUGCUAGAAGAUAUUACAUAUCAGGGUUGGGCAUAUAACAGCAUCUGUGCUUACCUGGUUCGUUCUUAUAUUGUGGAUAUAGAGAAAAACAACAAAUUUGAUCUUUAUGAUGGGACAGUAGAGGAUGCAUUUCUUGUUUAUGGAAGUGCUGAGGAUGUACAGUCACAGAAACAGUAUGAUGCGCCCUGUUAUAUUUCCAAAACGACACAUCAGGUGCUGGGAUUGGCUAAUAUAAAUAAAGUGUUGGUUGUCGGUGCAGGAAUGAGACAUUUCGAUGAGUGCAAUGGUGGCCCAUGCCCUCAACAUUCAUCACCAUCAAAAUCUGCAUCAAAAUCAGCACGUUAUACAGAGUCCUACAGUGCCAGCCAGAUGGAGAUCCACACUGUGGAUACCACAUUCAGCAAAUUGACACAACCAUCAUCAAUGCUGUUCCCUCGAAUGGAAGGAGGCCGCCUCCAAACUUCCACAUCAAUUGCCAAUGUAAAGCUAUUUUGACUGAAGAAAGCUUUUAACUUUCUGAUUCUGUAUUAUAAGAGUCCUAUGCCAUUUCAUAUUAUUCUCACAAUGUGCUUAAAAUGAACAUUUGAGCAAUAAAAAGUUUGUAUUCAUAUUUAUUAUAUAAACACAUUUUUAGUUCUACUGAGACAAAUCUUUGUCUAUUUUAUCUUCGGUGGGGUCACUGUAUGUAAAUGUUAUUUAUGUGUUUGAAGCCUAUGCACGGAUAUUACUGUCUACAACUAUCUAAUGCAUUACAUUAAGUAAUGGUACUGCUUUCUGUACAUAAAAAA